GCCAAAUUAGGCAGAGGUAUUUAAUAAGUUGCCAUAGACAUCAGUUCAAGUAAGUACCUACACAACCACUCUCUACUUGCUCACUGUCUCUACAUAUCUACGCUCCCAUCCACAAUGGCAUCCAACCCGCCACCCGCACCACCACCACCUCCACCUCGUGCCAUCAGGAGCCCGCGCCAAGAUGAUGGAAGCCAGCACGGCAGUUCGCAGCCAUUCAUCCUCCAUGGCGAGGGCACAGGGAACAUGGAAUUCGAGUUUCCCAAGUCGCGCGACGCAUCAGGGAGCGUCUCCCUCCGUACUGUCGUGGGAUCGUAUCUAGGCGCGCCGCAAUCCGCGAAAGCCACCGCGGACAAGGUCUUUCAGAUAUUGGGACGGCUUCGCUGCUUGCGCCAUGCUUUGGAGAGGUACAAUGACGGUCUUGCCACGCAGUCGGCAGCUUUCCUCCAAUACUGGCGACGCCAUACUCUCGACCUGCUGUCUGGCUUUGGCUUCUACGCAGGUCAGGCAGUGGCACCAAUCCGCGUAGCCGGGCUCGACGAGAUUAUACGCCAAGUAGAGGCCAUUCACGAAAGGCCAAUCCAGGAGGCCAGAGACACGAUCAAGAACGGCAAGAUUACCUUCGACGGGCUGGGUGAGCUGUUCAGACCGGAGCGGCAUGUGAAGGCAUCUAUGAUUUCCGGAUCCGAAGCUCCAUGCGUCUUCCGUGUGACGGAUGCCUACUACGAGGAACGACGCUCCCUUUUCGGCUCCCAGAAACAGUUUAGAGUCACCUUGGAGGCUGUCGUCUCCAUGGGCGAUCACUUCUCCGUCGCCAGCUUUUCUGAGGUCAUGCUCACCUGGAGCGGAGCGCGGGCUCGACCGCUCGAUGACUUUACGUACUCUCCAGUGUCCGAUGGCGAGCACGAAGCUCUCCUCGCGCGCGCCGCACGAGCUGUUGGGUACGGAGCUGGGGGCGCCAAGUAUCUCGCCUACUCGCCCGACAGCUUCUUCCUCCACACGUCACGCGCUCGACAUGAAGGCCAGGCCAUGUCUCAGUCCACCAACAGCUCGCAGACACUAAUCGGUGGCCGUAUCAUGGUGGACAUGGCUCGAGGCGCGUCCAUGGGCCAUUCCCCGUGCCAGGGGGUGGACGAGGCCACCUUGUCCAUUGUCCAACUCGCAGGACGGUACCGUCAAUGGUUAUCCAAACGGUCGCAGUCUUCUCGACUUGAGACACCCGAGACGGAAUCCCUCUUUAUCUGGGACCAGGUGCCCCAGGAGUUCCUCAUCACCUGCUGGCCCGCCCUGGUGGGUUUCAGCUUCACGGCCAAGAUCUGGGGCCACGUUCUCGUCGACGGCCUCUCGCACAUUGACUUUCAGGACCAGGCGUACGACCGUUUGGUUCUCUCGCAGGAGCGCAAGCAGCUCAUCCGUGCCGUCGUGCGGUGUGGAACCACCACGCAGACGCAGGACCUCAUCAGCGGGAAGCAGGGCGGACUCAUCUUUCUGUUGCACGGUCCACCCGGCGUCGGAAAGACGUUGACGGCCGAGGCUGUCGCUGAGGUGCUCCAUCGACCGCUGUACUACAUCACCAUGGGCGAACUCGGUGUGACCCCAGACGAGCUGGAGAAGAGACUGACAGAUGUUCUGGAUUUGUGCGCCGAGUGGGACGCUCUCGCCGUCCUCGACGAAGCAGACGUGUUUCUCGAAACGCGCAGCAACGCGGACCUCGUUCGCAACGCCAUGGUCUGCGUUAUGCUGCGCAUCCUCGAGUAUCAUCCCGGCAUCCUCUUCCUAACGACCAACAGAGUACGGAAUCUCGACCCGGCGUUUGAGAGUCGUAUCACCCUCGCCAUUCGGUAUGAAUCGCUCGAUCGGGACGCCCGCCUGCGGGUUUGGGAGAGCCAGCUGGCGAAUCUGCCCGGCCCUGUCGCGUCGGACAUUGAUUGCGCUGCGCUCGCGGCUCAGCAGUUGAACGGGCGACAGAUCAAGAACACGAUGCGGCUGGCCCUGAGUCUGGCGACAGAUCAGGGUGUUGCCUUGACGCAGUCAACCUUGCUGAACACGAUUGAGGUCACGACGCUGGGGACGCGAUCCAUGGGGGAGGACAGCACGUGGGAGGCUGCGGUAGACGAUAGAAACAGGCGCAGAUAGAGUACAUGUAGGUUUUGUAAGAACACAUGUAGGCAUUGGUUCUUGUAACGAGUGUACCAUUAGCAUCAAGCGUACACAACAAAGUUGAACAGUGAAAAGGAUUAUUUGAACAUCUAUAUAACAGGUCUA